AUGUUACUAGAAGCUCAUACACAGAUCGAAUUACUUACAAAACAGUCUGAAGAUGGAGAAAAAGUGAUCGGCAUAAAAGAAACAUGUAUGACAAAUGAUAAUCUUAAUGUAGACAGCAAUACAGAAAAUGAUGGUCCAUGUGACAAUAUCGUAAAUGAAUCAGUCAGUAUUUCAAAAGAAUGUAAUAGUCAUAAUAAUGACACUUCAAAUAUUGAAAAUAAUAGUUCAAUAAAUAGUAGUAUCUCUAUACAAAAUAAUAAUCGAAGUGCAAUAAAUACUGUCGUUGAGCAACAUGAUGAAAAAUGCGGUAUAGAAUGCAAUAAAAACUGCACUAGUUGUUUGGUCAAGGAGGAAGAAUAUAUCAAAUUAACAGAUGAAAACAAAUAUUUCGAAUCUCUUGAUAAUUCAUUAGAGUGUGAACAUUUUUCUUUAAUCGAGCAAAACGACGAACAAUUGAUUUCUAACGAAAACAACUACGAUAUCAUAGCUUCUGAUUCAUGUGAUGAAGAGGAAAAUGUAGAUCCAUCUUUGUGUGAUUUGAAUACAAAAACGAAUGAUAAAUGUAAAUCGGUUGAAAGGGAUGACAAUGGCGAGGAUGAACUUACUAUUGUAAAUCAUCAUAGCAAUAUUCAUGAUGAAGAUAAAAAAUCUAUACUAGAUGAAAAUACAAUCACACAAGAUCAACCGAUUUAUUCUUCUACCAAUAUAAAUAUUAACGCUAAUGCUAACACAAAUUAUAAUUCCGCUCUAGACAAAAUUGAGAACAGCAAAAUCUGUAAUAAUAUUGAAAUUAAAAGCAUAGAUUUGGAUGCAAAAAAAAGCGUGGAUGAGCAUGUUUCUGAGGUGGCACAAAAAGACGAGCAAUUGGUUCCUAAAGAAAACAAUGAAAGUCAUGGUGAAAGAGUAUAUAGGCAAUGGAGUCAAUGGAAGAGGGAGAUGAUGGAAAUUAAUCUUGAUGAUAAUACAAACUUUACAGAAGAUAAUAUGAAUUUAUUUCUUGUCAAAGAUGGUGACACUGAUAAUACAACAAUUACUAAUGCAAAAAAAUUAGAAACUAACCAAUUAUCCAAAACGAAAAUUAGCAUUGACGAUAUUAUAAUUCCAGAAAAUAAUACAAUUCACGAAGAUGACUCCAAUAAUGAAGGUUGUAACCAUUCCAAUCUAAUUAGCAGUGAUGAUGAUGUAGUACACGAAGUUUUAACCAAAUGCGGAAUCAAUCCGUCAUUAUUUUUAAAUUCAUCAUGCACACAUGACAAAACACAAUGUACUCAAAGUUGUAUUUCUACGGAACAUUCUCGUGAACCCGAUCAGACUCCUAAUAAUUGCUAUCCCGACUAUGGUCAAAAUAUCACAAACGAUAGUUUGGAAGAAAAACUGUUUGGAGAACUUUUUCAAGAAGAAGCUGAAAAUGUAUACGAUAUUGAAUUCAAGCCAACGCCAGCGCAAAUGAAUACAAACAAAAAAUAUAUUGUUCUUAAUGGAUUUAUAAAUAACGAAAAAACUGCAUUCAUAAAAGACUUAAAAAAUCCUGAUAUAGAUAUCAUAACAAAUGCUAAAGUAGAUGAUAAAAUGUAUGACAUAAAUCAUUCCAAAAUAUAUCAUAAUGGUGCUAUCAACGAUGAAAAAAAUGAAGACAAAGUUUCAGAAGAUUCUAUUACAUUUAAUCGGGAUAAUCAAGAAUCUAAUGAAAAUAAUUCAAAUGCUAAUGCAAUAAAAUAUGCUGAUGCACAAAGUGAUAGACUAAAUGAAAAUUCAUUAAGUUCUUUUAGUAAUUCAAUAAUUGCAUCAACUGAAAACAGAUUAUAUAAUACAAAUGUGCAAAGUGAGGCCGAUGAAGUGAUUAUCCACAAUGAUUGCAUUUUGCCAAAUAAUUUGAAAAAUAAAUCAGAUAAAUCCAAUUCUGUCGAUAAAAAUAUCAUGAACGAUAAUGUUGAAUUUGAGAUUUUAAUAGAUUUUUUAAAUACUUUAAAUGAUAACAACAGAAAGAAGCAUAAGUAUUAUUUCUGUGUAAAGUCAAACAAAAUUUUCGAAGUACAUAUGCCUUGUCUUAAUACACAAUAUAAUGAAUCACAAUCGUGCCUAUCAGGUACAUUUGAAAAGCAUAAAUAUCAUCAACAUAUUCAAAAUGCUUCUCGCCUAUACCUUAAUCGUAAAAAUGAAUUAAAUUCAAACCAAGGUCGUCAAAGUAAUUCAACUGAUAAAAACAAAAGUAAUUUGUUGAAUAAGGUAUUAUUGUCAGGUGACGUUUUUGCAGGAGACAAUUCCAAACUUGGUGAAAUGCCAAAAAUAAGAUCAAAUCAUAAAUUGCAAACACAUCCUCUGCAAUUUAACGCUAGGGAUGUUGCUAGUACAUCAAACAGAUGCGUAUCAGAAUAUGAUGAACUCCUUUUGAAUAAUAGUAGAUUUCAAGAAAAUAAUUGUUGUACUGACGCAGUUCAAAUGACAAAUCUCCAACAGCAAGAUAAUGAUAGUUUGAUUAAAAAUACUCUUAUGUGCAAUAAUACAACCGCUACAUCUUCAAGAACACUGGAAGAUGCAGUAGUUAGAAUUGGUGAGGAAAAGACCAUAAGCACAGUGCCUCCAGAAGAGUAUAAAUCCAAAGAUGAAGAACUAUGUCAUAAUAAAUCAAUUUUGAUUAAUGAUGAAACCGAUAAGCGGCAAGAAAUCGAAAAUUCUGAAGAAAUCAAUUCUGUGAUGAAUAAAGAAUAUAAUAUUAAAUCAAAUAAAGAUGUAGAAGUAUUUAAUAAAGAAAACAAACCUAGCUUAACAAACCAUUCAUCUACUGAAAAUAAUUUACAUGAUAAAGUUAUGAUCGAAGUCGAGCAAGCAAAAUUGAAUCUGCCAGAUGCAGCCGGACAACCUGGUGUUCAGAAUAAAUCAGAUAAUUUAGAAAAAAUCGUAAAAAGGCUUGAACGUAAAAACAAUUACGUAGAAAAAAAUAUACCUGAUAAAGCAAUGAUCGAAGUUGAGCAAACAAAUUUGAAUCUAAUCGAAAAGGAGCUUGAACGUGAAAACAAUUACGUAGGAAAAAAUGUACAUGACAAAGCUAUGAUCCAAGUCGAGCAAGCAAAUUUGCAUCUACCAUUUGCAACCGGACAACUUGGUGUUCAAAAUAAAUCAAUUAAUUUUGGAAAAACUGGAAAAAAGCUUGAACGUGAUAUAUUACCCGAAAAAGGCUUAAUUCAAACUAAUUCUGUUAAUGAAAAUACAUCUGCGCCAAAAUUUCACAUAAUAGAAGAUUUGAUUAUACCUAAUAAGUAUAACAUAGAUGUGAAGCUUCUUAUGCAGAACAAUGGACAAGUUGAGCGUAAUAUUAGUACAUCUGACAAAAAUUUAUUGCGCAAAAAUACAAAAUUGUCUAUAUCUAAGCAGAAUGGUCAGCAAAAUAAUAUAAAGAAUACAAAUGAUAAUCAUGAACGAAUAACAAGAAGUGAUGCUCAAUCUGAAAAUUUGUUUUCUACAAAGGAUGGUAGAAUUGAAAACUUGAACAAUGAAAUAAUUAUGCAAGAACAACCAAAUUAUUAUAGAGACAUGUGGAAUAAAACUCUACAUUCCACAGAGGUUCGUAAUAUUAGUACAUCUGAUGAAAGUUUAUUGCGCAAAAAUACAAAAUUGUCUACAUCUAAGCAGAAGGGUCAGCAAAAUAAUAUGAAGAAUACAAAUGAUAAUCAUGAACGGUCAAUAAGAAGUGAUGCUCAAUCUGAAAAUUUGUUUUCUACAAAGGAUAGUAGAAUUGAAAACUUGAGUAAUGAAAUAAUUAUGCAAGAAGAACCAAAUUAUUAUAGAGACAUGUGGAAUAAAACUCUACAUCCCACGGAGGAUUUUGGACAAUCUGACAAAUUUGACAAUAAUGUUGUGAAUUAUAGUACUAAUCCACAUAACAAUGUGCUUCUCUUUUAUGGUGCAGAUAAAACACCUAGCUUGAAUAUUACAAGACACAAAAAUUACAAUAAAUUCCAGAAACCAAUUACAUCAGAUCUGUCAUUAAAUACUUUGCAACCCUAUGCUAAUCGCUUACAAAUUUCUAAUAACUUUGAUCCACCAGCAAACGUUCACGAGAUAUUCCCAAAUACAUCAAAAAACGAACAACUGGGAAAAAUUGAUGACAGUUUAGUUUUCAAGGAACAGUUAAAGAGGCGUAAUACAAGAAAACUUAACAAAUAUUCAAGAAAUGAGACAAAAGUAGUAAACAGUAAAUCAAUCUAUACUGCGCCAUUGACGGUCGCAAUUGCACAACCGCAUGCUGUGGUGAAUGGUCAGCAUAACACAUGUCAAUUGGAUUUUAAUAAAGAAAAUCGUGGCAUCUAUCGAACUGGUCAACUAAAUGUUGCCAAACCUAAGUUCUCACAAACCUAUUCUACAAAUGUAUCACACCCUCAUGCCAGAAAUGCAGCUUUCGUAUAUGAUCCUACUAUAUACAAUGAAUAUGUAGCAAAUGUGAAUGGCUUACAGGCUCGGCAUAACUAUUUUCCGCCUUAUAAUGUGCCAAGUUUCAGUUCUUUUCAUCGACAAGGAAACGUUACUUGGGAUACUUCUGCAAAUUUUAUUCAUCAUGGCAGAAAUGAUGUAAAUUCUCACUCUCACUCAAUUGUCAGAAAUGAUGUAAAUGCUCACUCUCAUUCAAUUGGGAGAAAUGAUGUAAAUGCUCACUCUCACUCAAUUGUCAGAAAUGAUGUAAAUGCUCACUCUCAUUCAAUUGGGAGAAAUGAUGUAAAUGCUCACUCUCAUUCAAUUGGCAGAAAUGAUGUAAAUUCUCACUCUCAUUCAAUUGGCAGAAAUGAUGUAAAUCCUCACUCAAAUUCAAUUGGCAGAAGUGAUGUAAAUUCUCACUCUCAUUCAAUUGGCAGAAAUGAUGUAAAUUCUCACUCUCUUCAAUUGGCAGAAAUGAUAAAUGAUGUAAAUUCUCACUCUCAUUCAAUUGGCAGAAAUGAUGUAAAUUCUUACUCUCAUUCAAUUGGCAGAAAUGAUGUAAAUUCUUACUCUCAUUCAAUUGGCAGAAAUGAUGUAAAUUCUCACUCUCAUUCAAUUGGCAGAAAUGAUGUAAACUCUCACAAUAUUUACAGCGAUAAAAAUAUUCACAAAAUAUUAACAAAUAAUGUAAAUGAAACUCGUUUAAAUUCACAUAACUUGCUGAGAACAUCAAGGGAUCACGCAGCUCUAAAAUCUUAUUCUGAUAGCAUUCGUGAAGACAACAAUAUGAUGUUUACACAUAUUCCAUCUGGUAAUACAAAUAGAUACCGAAUGGUUUCAAACACUAAUCAAACUUCAUCUUUGCCAACGAAUAAUAUUUUCAAGCAAUCAAGAAUACCGAGGAAUGAUAUUGUUAGCGAUUUCGGCCUGACAAUGAGAGAAAAUCAAAGAAAAAUUAACAAUGGCUAUGAUUACACAAGAGUUGCAAAAAAUUUCAACAAUGGCAUCAAUAGAAAAGAGACUACAGCAUUAGAAAUGAAUAAAGAUGAGUAUAAAACUGCAUUGCAAGUUGUGAAUAAUGCUUCGGUACAUAAGGAUGAAAUUCAGAAAGCUUGCCCUAAAUCGCCUUUGCGAUCUAUACGUAAAAAUACAUUUGAUCUAAAUUGUGAUAACAGGAUAAAAAUUAUAGGAAGUAAAGAACAACAAUUAGGUGCGCAAAGUACACCGGAUUCGAAACUGGAUAAAUUAAUCGAUCUACAAUCAAAUACAAGCAAAGAUGAACAUAAUAAAAAAUUGAUUACCGUCAUCCCUAAGGAGCCUAAAAAUUUUGCUGAUAAUAAAAACUCAGAAGUUCCUGAAUUCUCUGAAACAAAAGAAAAUCGUGAUACUGCAAAAAAUGAUCAGUUUUCUGUUAAGAGAUUGGCGGGUGUUCAUUUUCUACCCAAGGCAUUGGAAUCAUGCAGUGUUGAAGAAUUGGCGUAUAUGAAGAAUCUACCUGAUAUAAAUAAAUCGAUAGACGAAAACAUAUCAAAUGCUGUCAAACUCACGAUAUCUUGA